UGAUAAAAGUGGAGAUAAGAAUUUUAAAUAGGCGUAAUUGUAUGGGAGCGAAGAACGUCUCAACAUAUAUAUAUAAGACGAUAUUACAACACUUCAAUCAGUCUGAACAGUGAAUCGCGCAUAGCAAAAGGCGUUGGAUAUAGAAAUUUUUAACUUCAAAAGUGCAAAAACAGAACUUAAAGUUUGAAAAAUGGCUUUGGUAAUCCCUGCUGUGACAAGACUGUCCCCGAGAGUAAUAAGAGUUUUAGGGUGCAAUCCAGACGUCAAAACUCUACAGGGCACCAACACGUAUAUUGUCGGGACAGGCAAAAGGAGAAUUCUCAUAGAUACAGGUGAUAGCGAUGUCCCCCAAUACAUCAACCACUUGAGAAGCGUGUUAAAAUACGAAAAAAUCGACUUGGCACACAUUUUUCUCACCCAGUCGAUGCCAGACCAUUCCGGAGGCCUGAACGACAUAUUGGAGCAUUUAAGCGAGUACACUCAAUUUUGCCAAGUGUGGAAAUUCCCAAAAUACGGCGACAAGAACAUUUACCAGUACUUCGAGGACCUAAAGGACGGUCAAGAAUUCACCGUAGAUGGAGCCACUAUCCGUGUCAUUCAUACUCCGGGACACAGUCCAGAUCACGUCUCGUUCCACCUUUUGGAGGACAACGCAGUUUUCAGUGGAGAUUGCGUUUUAGGCGAUGGCACAGCCGCGUUUGAGGACUUGGACAAAUACAUGGAGUCCCUACAGGAAUUACUGAACAUUCAACCGAAAGUGAUUUACCCUGGCCACGGAAAUGUUGUCAAUGAUCCACAAGAAAGAAUUAGAUACUACCUCAACCAUCGCGUUGAAAGAGAAAACCAAAUAGUCAACGUUUUAAGCACGCACAGAGUACGGUCUUUUAGUGAAACCGAACUUGUGUCGAUAAUCUACACCGAUCUGCCUGAAAAACUUGUCAAAACGGCCGAAUUCAACGUCUCAAAUCAUCUAACGAAAUUGUUGAAGGAGGAAAAGGUCAAAAAAUACAAUAAUUUAUGGCAGUACAAUGGAGAAAAGUGUAUAUGCUAAGUUGGUUGAAGUUAUUUGCUUCUUUGUGUGAUAAGCUUUGCUUGUGAAAAAUGAAAAUGAAAAAUUUUACUUUAGUUUAGAACUUUUUUUUACUCAAUGAAUAGUUUUGUAUUAUAAGCUGUAAAAGUAUUAUCAUUUUUGUAACUUAGAGUAAUAAUUUAAUUUUUUAUACAUAGAAUAAUACAUGAAUUAAUUAAAACAAAUGACUUUUCAUUUAGUCGCCAUUUACAAUAUAUUGUCAACACGGGAAUGACACCACGGGAUUAUUUUAAUAUGGUUAUAUUUCUCUAAUUUAAUUCUAUUCUCUUCUAUAUAUUCUAAAUAAAUGUAGUACCUGACAAGUUUUGUAACGUAUGAAAAAUC